UUCCUCCUUUUAUGUUGUUUGUACGUUCCUGUGGAAUAUCUACUUGCUCUGUCUUGUCUCAACGUAACGGAGAUGCACUUAAAAAGUGUCCAAAGUGUUGUAGGAAACAAUACUAUUUAUUGGAUAAUAGGUUUCGACGGAAUACGAGACAAUGGCUAGGAAAGAGAUUGUGCAAGUUACAAGGAAUGUCCAUUCAAACUCGUCUUUCAACGAGGAUAAAUAUGUGUAUGAGUGAUUGGCAGAAACAAGUAUUGGAGUUGUUGAAGAAUAUUGAGGAUCCAGACUUGAAACAGAAUAUUGUAGAGCUUGGAUUUGUUCAGAACUUGGAAAGAGUUGCCAAGGAAGAUGGAAAAUACGACGUUCGGUUCACUUUACAGUUGACUACUCCUGCUUGUCCAAUUAAAGAAAAGUUUCAAAACGAUGCCAAAGAAUGGGUCUCGUCGUUGUUAUGGGUACGCAACGUUGAGAUUGACUUGCGAGCAAACGAGAUCAAUCGAGCACAAGCUGGAGAUCGACCGUUGAAUAAAGUAAAACAUAUUAUUGCUGUUGCAAGUUGUAAAGGUGGUGUUGGAAAGAGUACUGUCGCAGUAAACUUAGCCUUUACUUUAACCAAGUUGGGUGGUAAAGUUGGUAUCAUGGACGCAGAUAUUUAUGGACCCAGUUUACCUAUUUUAGUACAACCUGAGAAUAAGAUUGUACAGUAUAAAGAUGGGAGAAUUAUUCCUCUGGAAUAUGAGAAUGUGAAACUUAUGUCUUUUGGAUAUAUUAAUCCUGAAUCAGCCAUCAUGAGGGGACCUAUGAUAGCGAAUAUGAUGAAUCAGCUAUUAACAGAGACCGACUGGGGAAGUUUGGACUAUUUGGUGAUCGAUAUGCCACCGGGAACGGGUGACAUUCAGUUAACCAUUUGUCAAACAGUUUCGUUAGACGCUGCAGUUAUUGUAACCACACCUCAACAGCUUUCAUUUCAAGAUGUUAUCAAAGGUAUUCAAAUGUUUGGUAAAGUAUCCGUUCCUUGUGUAGCUUUGGUGGAAAAUAUGGCAUAUUUCGAACCUAAUGAUAUUCCUGACAAACGAUAUUAUCUAUUUGGUCAUGGAAAAAGUCAAAAAAUUGCCAAUGACUAUGGGAUACCAUUUGUGGAAUCCUUUCCACUUGACCCCGAUUUAUGUCGUUGGAGUGAUAAUGGCAUUCCUGCUGUAUUGGCCUUGAGCGAAUCAAAGAUAUCCCAACUUUAUCAAUCUUUGGCAUCUGCUGUAGUACAACAAAUUGCAAAAAAUGCAUUUGGAAACGGGAAAAGAAUUCCACAAGUUUUUUUUGAUAGCGAUAAGUGUAUUAUUGUUAUUUCUUGCAACGAUCAACAAGGCAUAGCUUGGAAUGAAAACAACAAGGUGGAAUGGUCACCAUGGGAACUAAGGAAUGCUUGUAGUUGUGCCUCGUGUGUCGAUGAGUUUACUGGAAAAAGACAUUGGAAAUCUGUAGAUAGAAAUGUAAAGCCAUUGCAAAUUCAAACUGCUGGAAAUUAUGCCUUUUCAGUUAUCUGGAGUGAUGGUCAUCAAAGUUUAUAUCCAUUCGAGCGAGUCAUGAAUCCAAAAGAUUGGUCUACAACUACUGCUGUCAAAAGAGCCUCGACGAUUUAAAACACAAUCCAGAAAAUUUCGCGUCCAGCAGGACUCGAACCUGCAAUCUUCCGCUCCGUAGGCGGACGCCUUAUCCAAUUUGGCCAUGGACGCUAAUUCAUGGCAAGUUGAAAUUUUUUUGCUUUAGAGUAAUAAAGGCCUGAUUUUAAAC